UUGCUAACGCUGACGCAUAAAAUCAGCUUUUGCAAGUCAGCUGUCUGCUAAUAGUUAUUUGUAGAAAAUUACUAAUAUUUUCAUUUUCAAAAGUAUUCCUUUGAAAUACACAACAAAAAUGGCUAGUUCCAAGUAUAAGCCGAUUGUUGUUCGUAUUCAGUCUCCUGAACAUGGUACAAAGAGAGUAGAAGCUAAACCCUCAGAGUCUGUCGCAGACUUCUUAAACAAGAUACAGAAUGAGUUUCAACUAGGAGAUACUGGUUGGAGAAUUUAUAAAAAUAGAGAUAAAAAAGACUGGAUAAGAACAUCUAGAGCCAAAACCAUUGAUUCAUAUAAAAUUAAACAUGGUGACAUGUUGUAUUUAUUACCAACUGAUGGUAAAGAUCUGGGAUCAAACCUUCUCCAGGCAGACAAUAUGGCUCCUUCUCCAGGGAGUUCUGCACCAGGGGUGGUCGAAGAUGAAGUUGACCAAAUAUUAGAUAAAGAAGAUGGAAAAAUAUACAGGAAAAGAAAUGAACAGUUGUGCCGACAUGGGCCUCAUGGAAAAUGUCUUCACUGUGUACCAUUAGAGCCAUAUGACGAAGAGUUCCUGAAUAGUUGUGAUCCACCAAUAAAGUUCUUAGCAUUUCAUUCCUACAUCAGAAAACUGACCAGUGGUGUGGAUAAAGGUAAAUUUGCAUAUUUAGAGAAUCUGAGUUGUAAAAUCAAACCAGGAUGUACUGAGCAUCCACCAUGGCCAGGUGGAAUCUGUACAAAAUGUCAACCAAAUGCAGUUACACUCAAUAGACAGAAAUUUCGCCAUGUUGAUUACAUCAUGUUUGAGAAUCCAUCCAUUGUUGAUAGGUUCCUCAACUUCUGGAGAAGUACAGGCAAUCAGAGAGUUGGUAUUAUGUAUGGUAGAUAUGAACCACAUAAAGACACACCAUUAGGAAUUAAGGCUACUGUGUCAGCUAUUUAUGAACCUCCUCAGAUCAAUACAAAAGGCCAUAUAGAGUUAUUAGAGGAUGUAUUAGAACAUGACGUCAAUAAAGUGGCAGAGAGGCUGGGAAUACGACAAAUCGGAUGGAUAUUUACAGAUCUGAUAGCUGAUGAUUUAUCCAAAGGAACUGUUAAACAUUUCAGGGGAAAUAUUAAUUCUCAUUUUCUGAGUGCUGAAGAAUGUAUCAUGGCAGCUCACUUUCAGAACAAACAUCCCAAUCCAUGUAAAUUAUCUCCUGACGGGCAUUUUGGUUCAAAGUUUGUCACAGUUGUUGUCACAGGUGAUGACACAAACCAGAUCCACUUUGAAGGAUACCAGGUAUCAGAUCAGUGUAUGGCUUUAGUAAGGGAUGAUUGUUUUAUACCAACGAUAGAUGCUUCAGAACUUGGUUAUGUCAAGGAAUCUAGUGAAACACAGUAUGUUCCUGAUGUCUUCUAUAAGGUGAAGGAUAAUUAUGGAAAUGAGGUCACACAACUUGCACGUCCUCUCCCUGUGGAGUAUCUCUUACUAGAUAUGCCAGCAGCAUUCCCUGUCGAACCACAGUAUACAUUUAGAUCUCAUCUCCAUACAGAAGUCACAUCCUUUCCUGUUGAGAACAGACAUGUUUUAGGACAACCACAUGAUUUCAAUGCAUUGACAAGCUAUUUACAACAGUUUCCACCAAACCGAUUUUUAGAAGCUAUGGCUAACUUUCAUUUACUGCUUUAUCUCAGCACAUCAGAUCUAUUACCAUUAAAGGAAAAAAUAUGCAUAUUACUGGAUGCAGUGCGAAAUAAUGAUGAGACACUUGCUCAUCAGUUUAAAAAGACAGAAGAAUGGGCAACAGUGGAAGAAAUGAUGGCAGCACAUGUUCCCACCCCACUGCCAGGAAGGCCAUCAUCAUCUUACGUUGGACCCAAGGCUGCACCAUUACCUCCUAUAGGCUCAAGUUGGACGUGUGCACAUUGUACAUUUAUAAACACAACAGAUAAAGACCAUUGUGAUAUGUGUUCACUUCCUAAGCAAUAGCGAUUAGUAUUAUUCAUAGUAGGAGAAAUCUUUAAAGUGCUAUUUCCGUCAAAGAAUAUUCUAAGAAAACCAGAAAAACAGUGGCAUUUUGUCAUCUGAAAGUUUCUUUCCUGAUAGUUAGUCAAAUGAAUAGAAUGUGGGGUGUAGAUUUUUUUCUGGUCUCCUUGACAGCUAUAGUGUACUGUGUAUUAAAAUUGUUUAUUAUAAGUUACUGGUUAGUGGUUAUCUGCACUGUACUGUAGAUUUAUUAUUAUUUGUGGGAUUUCUAUUUUUAGGGAUUUGGUGACUAGAGGUCAACCAUGAAAUUUUUCCAGCAAAGUGUUUAUUUUCUUUGGCUUGUAUGAAUAUGUUCCCAUGAAAAUAAAAGAAUCCUCAGUAAUUUAUUGUCAAAGUGUAAAUAAAGAUUAUCUGUAGUCAACAAAAGUCAUAUCCUGAUUUGAUUUUAUAGAUUUUCUAUUGUUUUUUUUUUAUAGAUUGUCUUUUUUAAGUGACCCUAUGUCUGAUGAUUAUAAUUUAAUUUUACUAUCAUCAACCUUUGGCUUAACUUGCAUUUGUCCUUAAAAACACUUGGAUGUUUAUAGCUUCAUUUGAAGAUAUUAUAUCAAGUGUUACUGCUUUGCUUUCUACAGAAUUAUAUAAAGAAAAAACAUAAAAAAAACCUUAACGAUGGACCAAUCUUCACAAGAUAAUGAGAACACCUUGAAUAGUAGGUCCUAAUUAUGGAGUGGUGUUUCUUGGUAGGUAAUGACCACAACUUUUUUGAUUCUUUUGGGAGCUGAACUUAUGUUACAGAUAGGUUAGGCCCUUGUUGAAAAUAUGUAUAAAUUCCACUAAAUUUUAAUUCUUUACCAUUGGUGAAGAAUCAUGUUUAGUGAUGAAAAUAAGGUACAAAUACUGCUAUAUCCAUUGCUCUCCAAGAAAUUAUUACUUAUUUAAGAUUUAUGGGAUCUAACAGAAUACAAACUUUCAAAUAAUCCAUUAUUAUGGCGAAGAAAAAAAUGUAUGUUUGAGCUGUAGCUAUUGUUUGCUGAAUGCUCAAAAUUUGACAAUCGCAAAAACUUCUUACUACUUCUUUAUUUUGACAAAUCUGACAAGGUUAUGAAAAUGUUGGAGGUUUUUGUUACUUUUUCCUGCUUGUUAGUUUGUUAAUUAGGAAUAUAUGAGUUGUUCAAAUUUGGAAUGCUAAAAUUUCUUUCAAAAGGCUGUCUUUUUGUUUUGUUCAGUAUAUAUAUACAUUGUAUGAACAAUUUGAUGAGAGGUAAAAAAAAAAUGAUUUCAGGUGCUGUUUAAAGUACUGACUUUUUGGUUCCUCUAGCUAGGUUUCUUGUCUUCUGAAUAAGGCUUCAUUCUUAUUUGUAAAAGAAAUUCUUUCUGCCUAUGCAUGACUGCCACGAGUGAUAUAUAUGCUUAGAUAAGCAUUUAGAUAGUUAUCGAGAACGAUCAUCAAUUUUAAAAUGUCAAACGAUCUUUAAUUUUAAAUGUCAUACAAAUUAAAGAAUUAUGGUUUAGGUUGCUUAAAAAUUGAGUGAAAUUAAUACACACUGUAUAUCAAACUGUUGACCUUGAUAUUUUUACUUUUAUGAACCUUUCUUUAUUAUCAAAGUAACUCGACAGAAAGUAGAUAUUUGAAAGUUUUCCUGGUAACCUUUUGAAAUUUGAUAAACAGUGUCACAUACUUUUAUCAAAUUUGAAAUUAACCAUAUACCAAAAUUUGUUAAAAUAACUUUCUCCUAAAAAAUCACUGUGAAGUGAAGGUUUUCUUGGGUUUGAACUUAUUGGUAAUUUAUGGUGUGUUACUAUUUAAGGAAAUGUUGAUAGAAUAGAUAGGAUGCAGAAAAGAUAGGGGAAGCAGAAUAUAAAUUAUGUCCUGUUAUUGAGGAUAUUUAUCUUGUUUGUUUUUAGGAACAGCCUUAACUAAAAGGAGUCAUGUUGAAAGAGGAUGUAGUAAAUAAAAAAAUGUUCUAAAAUACUGUGGGUUCAAUUUGGUUAUUGACCAUUUACAUUGGCUACCAAAAAAAAAUGACUAAUUGCUAAUUAGAUAUACUCUUAUCUUCUGAUAAUCAACUAAAUUCUUUUACCAUUUCAUUUUAUAAACAAAACAAAAGAGGACAAGAAAAGGAAGUUCUUAGCUUGAGAGGGUGUGAAAUAAAAUGAUUGAUUAGUUUUUAUUGUACCUGUUGGCUUGAAUUGUACAUGUCUAUGUAAUUCUCAAAAUAUAUCGAAUAAAAAGUAGAAAAAAGAAAGCUUAACAAGCCCUGUGUAAUGUCAUUGAACUCAACAAUAUUAAGUACCCUAGUAACAAUGAACCCAUAGUAAGAUUCUUGUCCAAAGUCACAUAUAGUUUGCUUGGAAUGCAUGAGUAUAACAAUUUUGGUGUUUAAAAGACUUGAGAUUUUUAACAUGAAUUAUAUAUUUUUGUUUAUCAGCCUGACAAAAGGAAUAUUGGUGCACAAUGUCUUAUUUAUUCUGAUAAUUAAUAAAUACAUUUAAAUGAC